AAAUGAUUUUUCCUUGUUGCCCUUCUUCCGGGAUCCCUUUGCGGUUAGACUUGAGGCGUCCGCGUGAGAACUGGAUGUUUCCUGGAACGAGGGCUGGGAGGUGCUUGUUCGCCGCGCCUGAUUCAAGACGCGUCCACACUGGGAGAUUAGGAUGUCGGACACGUGGAGCUCUAUUCAAGCCCACAAAAAGCAGCUGGACUCGCUGAGGGAGAGACUGCAGCGGAGGCGGAAGCAGGACUCGGGGCACUUGGAUCUACGAAAUCCAGAUGCAGCACUGUCCCCAACCUUCCGUAGUGAUAGCCCAGUGCCAACUGUACCGACCUCUGGUGGCCCUAAGCCCAGUACAGCUUCAGCAGUUCCUGAACUAGCUACAGACCCCGAGUUAGAGAAGAAGUUGCUGCACCACCUCUCUGAUCUGGCCUUAACAUUGCCCACUGAUGCUGUGUCUAUCCGUCUUGCCAUCUCCACGCCAGAUGCCCCUGCCACUCAAGAUGGAGUAGAAAGCCUCCUACAGAAGUUUGCAGCUCAGGAGUUGAUUGAGGUAAAGCGAGGCCUCCUACAAGAUGAUGCACAUCCUACUCUGGUGACCUAUGCUGACCAUUCCAAGCUCUCUGCCAUGAUGGGUGCAGUGGCAGAAAAGAAGGGCCUUGGAGAGGUAACCGGGACUAUUGCAGGACAUAAGCGGCGUGCAGAACAGGACUCAAACACAGUAGCUUCCUUUGCCAGCUCUUUGGCUGUUGGUCUGGCCUCUUCAGCCUCAGAACCAGCCAAGGAACCCACCAAGAAAUCAAGGAAACAUGCUGCCUCAGAUGUUGAUCUUGAGAUAGAAAGCCUUCUGAAUCAGCAGUCCACUAAGGAACAACAGAGCAAGAAGGUCAGUCAGGAGAUCCUAGAGCUAUUAAAUACUACAACAGCCAAGGAACAAUCCAUUGUUGAGAAGUUUCGCUCACGAGGUCGGGCCCAAGUACAAGAGUUCUGUGACUAUGGAACCAAGGAGGAGUGCAUGAAAGCCAGUGAUGCUGAUCGGCCCUGUCGCAAGCUACACUUCAGACGAAUCAUCAAUAAACACACUGAUGAGUCUUUAGGUGACUGCUCUUUCCUUAACACAUGUUUUCACAUGGAUACCUGCAAGUAUGUUCACUAUGAAAUUGAUGCCUGCAUGGAUUCUGAGGUUCCUGGAAGCAAAGACCAUACACCCAGCCAAGAGCUGGCACUUACACAGAGUGUUGGAGGUGAUUCCAGUGCAGAUCGACUCUUCCCACCUCAGUGGAUCUGUUGUGAUAUCCGUUACCUGGACGUCAGUAUCUUGGGCAAGUUUGCAGUUGUGAUGGCUGACCCACCCUGGGAUAUUCACAUGGAGCUGCCCUAUGGGACCCUGACAGAUGAUGAGAUGCGCAGGCUCAACAUACCAGUACUUCAGGAUGAUGGCUUUCUCUUCCUCUGGGUCACAGGCAGGGCCAUGGAGUUGGGCAGAGAAUGUCUGAACCUUUGGGGUUAUGAACGGGUAGAUGAAAUUAUCUGGGUGAAGACAAAUCAACUGCAGCGCAUCAUUCGGACAGGCCGUACAGGUCACUGGUUGAACCAUGGAAAGGAGCACUGCUUGGUUGGUGUCAAAGGAAAUCCCCAAGGCUUCAACCAGGGUCUGGAUUGUGAUGUGAUCGUAGCUGAGGUUCGUUCCACCAGUCAUAAACCAGAUGAAAUCUAUGGCAUGAUAGAGAGACUGUCCCCUGGCACUCGCAAGAUUGAGUUAUUUGGACGACCACACAACGUACAGCCCAACUGGGUUCUGUAUCAUUCAUCAGAUACCCAAAAGGCUCUAGGGCCCACACCACUAUUCUCCAAUCUCUUUGAACCAAAGAAUCUUCCUCAUUCUCUGGAUCACCCUUGGAAACCAACUAGAUGGGAUCCACCUGCUAGACCCAGAUGUGGUUGCCCGGUUCAAGCAAAGAUAUCCAGAUGGUAUCAUCUCUAAACCUAAGAAUCUAUAGAAGCACUUCCUUAUAGAGCUAGGCAUCCACAGCCAUGACUCUGCAGGUUAUACCUGAAGAGUAUUAUUUGUACAAUUAUAGCUUUUUUCUUUAUUUAAAUAAAAGUUUGUAUUGCAGUUGGAA